GCUCUCGGCAGUCGGCCGUCGGCUGUCUGGGUCACUUCCGGUGAGAUUACUUAGAUUUUGUUAGGUUUUGUGCAGCGCCUCUAGCGGCGGAUUUUAAAACUAGUGCGGUACAAACGGCUUAGCCCAUCUACUCAUGUAAAAACUGUAGCACAUAUGGUACUACACUCUCAGAUUUGAAAGCGUUGGUGAUUUCUUUGCAAGAACAAAUAAAUGCUCUCAAGACUAACCGGAUAGAUUCAGCAGAAACUUCCUCAACCGUCGACUUUGAAGAGAUAGUCCAGGAAUUGAAUGACCGACAAACAAGGAAACAAAACCUGAUUAUUUAUGGAGUACAGGAAAGUACAGAUCAAUCUAUCAACCAAAGAAUUGCUCAUGACUCUGGUCAGGUUCGAAAUACGAUCGUAUCUUGCGUGUUCUAGACAUCGAAGAAGCUGAAACAGGAAAUCGAAGAGCGCUCUGCCGGAGGCACAGCCUCUGGUGCAUCACAUUGCUAUGCGUGCUUGCAUUGUGACGAUGCAGCUUUCAACGUUUCGACAGCUGGAAGAAUGGAAUGUGCCACCAACAUUGUCACAGGUGCAACACCAAGAAGCGCAAACUGGGACGUGCUACAAACAGAGCUUAGAAAGCACGCCCACGUCUACCCAGCCGAUAUAGAUACUGAGUAUGCUUGCGCUAAGUACUCUUUUUCGUAUUCUUUGAAUGGAGAAGUUGCUACAACCAGGACAUGCUUGCCGAAGAAAUACGGUAAUCUGGAAGCCUGCGACUACUUGAAAACAGUAAUACCAAUAAACUACAACUUAGAGAGUUGCUUCACAUGUGAUACGGAUUAUUGCAAUUCCAGUAGCGGGCUUAGUACAUCUUUAGUAUUUGUAUUAAGUGCAUUAUUACUAUUCAAAUAUGCCUAACGAAAUUCACCCAAUAACUGUCAAGAAGUUUAUAUUUCUUUACAGUUUUGGAGUAGAGGAAAACAAAGAAUUAUUUAAAAAGUGCUUUUCAAAAAGGUCUCCAUUCCCUACGUAUCUUUUGAUGGAUCAAGUUAGCAAGCUGAACUUCAUGGUGCAGAAAUUGCUAUAGUUUAGUGUGAGAGUAGCAGUUAGAAAAUUCAAAAUGGAGGCAGGGCGCCAUCUUGGAACAGUUUCAAAUGGAACGAAGGGCCAUUUUGAAGCUCGUAAUGAGUAAUAAUUUAUCCGGUAAUCCAAAAUUAAAAUCAUUAUUCGUCAAAUUGUUGAACUGACAGGCUGUCAAAUUUGAGCGUUCUUUAUAUUGAGUCGGUUAUAUUUAACAAUCAGUUAUUAAAACGCUAUAGUAUGCAAGUCUCCUUGUUCUAAAAAUCUAGUCAAAUAUGUAAUAAAAUACAAACCACUAUAUUUGAAAAAUGCCAGAUUCUGUCAAUUUUUUUUGAACUGAAUACUCUAUAUUUUAUUGCACAUUCAAAUAGAGCUUUCCAAAAUAAGACAAUUGGUAUUACAAUCUAUCAUGUUUUGGUAAAUAGUUGAGGAGCUAUAAGCCAUUGAAAGCAUAAAACACUCAACUUUGACAGCUUGCCAGUCCAUCAUUUUGAAAUAUAUAGUGAUUGUAUAGUCAACGCCAAACAAAGUGGCGUGCACGUCAUCAAGGUGGGUGUGUUGAAAAAUUUACAUUGUUGCCAAACUUUUUGUAAAAUAAUAAAAUUUAUUAUUUAGGUAUCUAGGUUUAUAAGCAAUAUUAACCUCAAAUGAGAACAAAAAUAAUAGUAUAAUAAAAUUAUAGAUCUGUACUUGCAUAAUCAUUAAGAAUGACAAUUAUUGAUCAG